CCCACACAUACAACAGAUGUGAAGUCUGAGAAGGAAUACUUUGCGAUUUAACGAAUCUCGACGCCCCAUACUCAUGGUGGAGGAUGUGGGCCCCACAGUUAGGCAAUAGGCGGGCGUUUCAGCGGAAAAAGAUGGUGAGAGUCAGACGAGAGGGUCGAGUGCUGAGUGUGGUCACUCACCGUUCAGUGUGAAAGGGAAUCGGAUACGCAGGAGAGCGAAAAACGAUGGAGAAGGGGAGGGGAGUGGUGGUGGUAGCAGCUCUGCAAUUUGCUUGCUCCGAUGAAGUUUCAUCCAAUGCCGAUAAAGCCGAGAGGUUGGUUCGUGCUGCUCAUGGGAAGGGUGCAAGUAUUGUUCUCAUUCAGGAGCUAUUUGAGGGCUAUUAUUUCUGCCAAGCUCAAAGGGAAGAUUUCUUUCAACGUGCAAAACCUUAUAAAGGCCACCCUACAAUUCAAAGGAUGCAGAAACUUGCAAGAGAGCUCGGGGUGGUGAUACCAGUAAGCUUCUUUGAAGAGGCCAACAAUGCUCAUUAUAAUUCAGUAGCAGUGAUUGAUGCUGAUGGUACGGAUCUUGGUCUGUAUAGGAAAUCCCAUAUCCCUGAUGGACCAGGUUACCAGGAGAAGUUCUACUUUAAUCCAGGUGAUACUGGCUUCAAGGUCUUUGAAACCAAGUUUGCCAAGAUUGGAAUAGCCAUUUGCUGGGAUCAGUGGUUUCCAGAGGCUGCACGAGCUAUGGUUCUUCAAGGUGCGGAGAUACUGUUUUAUCCCACUGCUAUUGGUUCUGAACCACAGGAUCAAGGACUUGAUUCACGUGAUCAUUGGAAGCGAGUAAUGCAAGGGCAUGCUGGGGCUAAUCUGGUACCUCUAGUAGCUUCAAACAGGAUAGGAAAAGAGAUAAUCAAGACCGAACAUGGUGACAGUCAGAUUACAUUUUAUGGAAACUCUUUCAUUGCAGGGCCCAGUGGUGAAAUUGUGGCAAUUGCAAAUGAUAAAGAUGAAGACGUUCUUGUUGCAGAAUUUGAUCUAGAUAAGAUCAAGUCCAAGAGACACAGUUGGGGUGUAUUUCGGGAUCGGCGUCCAGAGCUAUACAAAGUCCUUUUAACAUUAGAUGGCAGCAAUAAAGAUCUUUGAUAAUUGUGCCAACUCGUUUUCUUCUCUGUUGUGGAGGUAAUCAACCAGAAGCUUUAAUAAUGUGUACUCUUACUGGUCAAUUUGUUGGAAGAAAAAGAAUGAACUAUGAUUGAGAUAUAUCCUCUUUAGUUGUCAGGUGGCUUGGUUUUCCAAGACUCCUUCCUAUCUUCUUUAAUUGGCAUGUUGUUAUGGGAGAAAUCUGUAUGCUAAUAUUUAGAAGCUGAAAUCUAUUAUCCUGUAAUAGUAGGAUGACUAGUAAGACCCAUAAGUAGCAAGGCUGCAAUGCAGUUCAACUAAUUGUUAGCAACCA